UUGCUGAGCUGAAUUUUCUCGAAAACUACCCCUCGCGACUAAAACUCGUCUCGGAACAGAGCAGAAACGCGCUGGUCGAUUCGACUGCGACCAUGAAACGACGUUUCCGGUUUUCCGGGGCGUUGUUCCGGUUGAAUUUGGAAAGAGGACUGUACGAUGAGGAUAGAGAACGCAACUUUACAACAUGGACAGACACGUACAGGCAUGACAGGGUGCUGCCCUCUGCGAGCUAAAAUUAGAGGGUGCUGUCCGAAGUUCUCCGCUACACGUUUGCAUUUCCUAUGCACUAUUUCCCACGUGUAGCACUUCCAAGGAAAGAGCAACGAUAUAAUAAUAAUGAUAUUUUUACACCAAAUGAUUACGAAAUGCUUAAAGAAACGACACUGUACGUGUAUGACGAUAAUGAGAAUCUCGUGGAACUAACAUUAGAUGACGAAGUGGAGACUUUAGGAGAAACUCAGAUGGAUAUCGAAGAUCGUGUCUCUUUCUACCUAUACACGAAAAAUGAUCAUUUCUUGGGAAAGCGUCUUUACGUCAAUGAUCAGGAUACUUUAAAGAAUAGCGACUUUGAUCCUACCAAACCGACACGUUUUAUAGCUCACGGAUGGAUGAAUUCUGGAAGUAGUCCAGCAUGUUUUCUGAUUCGCGAUGCUUAUAUAAAUAAUGAGGAUAGCAACGUUAUUGUCAUUGAUUGGAGCAAAAUAACCUUGAGGAAUUAUGUUUGGGCUACUAAUCGUGUCGUUAUGGUCGGUGAAUUUGUCUCGACCAUGAUUAAUUUCCUCGCUAAGCAAGGAAUGGAUCUGUCGAAAACCGUACUGAUCGGUCAUUCUCUUGGUGCUCAUGUAGUUGGAAUUGCUGCUCGCAAUGCUGAGGGCGAAAUCAACUUCGUUGUAGGACUAGAUCCAGCUUUGCCUGGCUUUAGCUUAGCCCGUCCAGGAUCCAGGAUUUCGAACGGAGACGCGCAAUACGUGGAAAUCAUUCAUACGAGUGGCGGUCUUCUUGGCUUUUCAAAAUCGAUCGGCGAUGCCGAUUUUUAUCCUAAUGGAGGGAAAUCUCAAGCCGGCUGUGGAAUGGAUGUCGGUGGAGUGUGCUCCCACUCUCGUGCGUACAAAUUCUUCGCCGAGUCCAUUGACAGCUCGUUAGGAUUCCAUGGGAGAAGUUGCAGUUCUUUCACUCGAUUUAAAAAGGGUUUAUGCUACAACCAGAAAACUUUUCUCAUGGGCCAUAAGUCGGAAUUGGAUGCGCGCGGUGACUAUUACCUAUUAACCAAUUCGAAUUCCCCAUACGCGAAAGGCAUAUUUAUUGAUUGAAAAAGAGACAAAGAGACAGAGAUAUAAAUAAAUAUAUGUAUUUAUGUAUGUACGUGUAUGUAUAUAUUAUAUGAGCCGAAAAACUCCCUGACUACGUCAGACUGCGUCAGAGCGAGAAUUCUGGGAUUUGGAAAUUCAUUGCGGAACAGGAAGGAGAUCCGCGCUGGGCUAAACUCGUUUCUCUCAGCAAUCGAUCGGACGCAUUCACGGUGCGUAAUUUCGUUUCCGCCCGCAGCGGCUGUUUCAAGCGCGAGUAUUGCAAGCUCUCGUAUCUCGCACGCGCGCGCGCUAUUCUUAUAAUCCCGUCUAAGCCGGGAAAUCGGUGGCUACUCUGGAUCAUCGGUGUAUCAUUUAUUGAAAGAACAAAACAAUGCGUUAUACCGCGUUGUGCCGCGCGCGCGACGUUUUGCUUCACCAUCGACCCAAUUAUUACCGGGUGUAUAAGCAGGGAAAGAGAGACGUAUUUUGCGAAAUAUAUACAUACGUCUCGUAUAACGUAAAACGCAUCGUAACAUUUUAUUUGAAAUGCAAAAUACUCGGAGGAAGGAUACUCAGUGCUUCUAAAUGCAAGCCAAGUCGGCGUUAAAUAUACAUAUCAAUUUCUCCUCUGUUGUCCGUUAUCUCCGCAUAUACGACUCGAACGCUUCGGUCCGUGCACGCGCGUGCAAACAUCCAGCGAGAUACACGGCCUCUCGAAACGCGAAUUGCUCGGACCAGCUGCGGACUUAGUCGCGGUGCAUUAAAUUUUAUCGUAAUAUAUCUCAUGUGUAUCGUGCAUAGCAACAAAGAUAAUAAGGCGAUACGGAAAACAGUUGGAUUAAACCAUGCGUUGAAUUUUAGGCUCCGGGCUGUUUCAAGUAAACAGACGUAGAUAUUUAUCAUUUUGAUAUAAUGCACGAGAUAAAGAAAAAGAAGAAAUAAAAACUUUGCAAAGUAAGAGAAAGAGAGAGAGAGAGAAAGCUCGUCUCGCUCUAAACGCGAGUCUUUUUCGUCAAAUAAUUUUAGCGUAGAUGCAGACACAAUGUUGAUCGCAGCAACUACGACAAUUAUGGCUCAUAUCUAGUGCAUUAAUUGUAAUCGUUAUUCUUUAAAAAGAAUCAUGCAUGAAAUAUUCCAAGUAUUUUAAAUCUACAAUGCUUGAUGGCCAUGAUUGUUGCGUGAUAUUCAAUAUAACAAAAUGUGAUAAGAUUUAUACGAUAGAGCACUCA